GAAAACCUUCCAGCUGCAUCCCAGCUUGUGCCUUAAGGAAGAAGAGUGGAAAUCAUAGAUUUUGGGACUGGACAAGGCUUUGAAAAAACUUUCCUGCUGCCCCAAGGUGAGCUUGGUACAUUAAUAGGAUCAGUACAUGUAUUUUUGUAUGUUAUUAGAUGCAAUAACUGUUAUGUGUCUUUACAAGCUGCAGAUCCAGAUAGAUCCAGGCUCAGUUGGUAUAUGGUUUACUACAGAGAGAGAAAAUGAGGACAAAGACUUUAUCAGCAUGAUAUGGGUGAGGGAGAAUGGUUGGAAAAAGAGCAGUUUUAGUCCUCAGCCCUACUAAAGCCUUGUGCUGUGAUCUAACGCAAGCCACUUCAUCUCAAUAUGUGAAAAAGGACCAGGAGGAUUUCCCUUGUGGCACAUCUGAGCAGCCUGUCAGCAUCUUUUGUAUGGGCUCGAUCCUGUCCCAAAGAGUAGAUGCAGUUGCACUGACCACAGUGGUCAUGCCCACCCCAGAGGGCUUGCAAGACCUGAAUGUGGGACGCAGAUGCUGGCCUUGCUCAUCAGAAGCAAGGGAGCAGGUAGCAAGAUAUUUUUGUUAUCCUACAUGUCAUCCCUCACUGCUGCGGCCCCUUGCUUCACCUGCUACAGCAGCACUGUUUUAGCAGUGUCUAAGAGACUAUCUUAGUGCAGCCACACUCCCUAUCUGUCUGCCUAAUCUUCCCCAUUUCGAAUGACAUUCAGCUUUCUCUUUGUUUUGCUGCUGUUUGGUGGCCCAAAGAUUUGAGUCUUUCCAUCUUUCAGCCUGAUACUUUCUGAGCAAAUGUAAUCUAAUGCUUACAGUGGACUUUCUCAGGCACAAUGUGUUGCACUUCCCAGUACAAGCUGUUUCUGUUGGCUCUAAACUGCAAUAACAACUAUCUUUAAUCAUCUUUCUUGUUCAGCUUGUGAUAGGCAGCUUAACCACAGAAGAUGAACUUGAGAAUUUUCCUAGCCUCGCGUCUGGUAUGAUCCCAGGCUGGUUUCUAUUUCCUACCUCUUUGUAAUAAUUAGUUGGUGGUGAAACCUGAGUGGAAGUUGUCUGGCCUCAGAGAGCUGAUGUUUUCUUCCUCUGACGGAUGUAAACAGGAGGAGAGUGGGUGAAGAGCUCUGGGUCACACUGCUCUCACAAGACUUACAGAGAGAAACAGCAGCUCCUCUUCAUCCUGAAAUAAUCACUUGCAAAGUCAGAGCUUUCCAGGUGGGAUGUGUCAGCUGCAAUCUUGGGAAGAGUUCCUGCCUUCUGAAUCAGUGACCAAACGGUCGAGCACAGCAAGUGAUGAAUACCCGUUUACAUCUUCUUCUGCUUUCUAGCGCCAGAUCUUCACCAAAAACAGUCACAAAGUCUUCCCCACCCUAACGGCACAUUUCCCCAGGCAGCCUCGCUCUGUUCUUGCAGCCCCGGAGGCCCAGGAUGGUGGUGACUAGGUGUGAAGCAGAGGUAGGAGACCUGUGCUGGGUUAAAGGAGGUUGUAGGUGGGGAAGAAAGGAGGAAACCAUGCUAGGACAAAAGGGCGAUGAGCCUCUGAGAGCGCUCAGGUCUGGCAGGACAGGGUGGGAUGCUGUUCUGGGGUGAAUGGUCUUGUUUAACGCCAGAACUGUCUUCCCUAUCCCUGCACCUACAAUCAAAGGGGUUGCUCUGGCUGGAGCUGAUGGAAACUUCUGGCCACAAAAUUAUCUUGGGUCAUUGAAAAUCAGGGAGAAGUGUAGACAAAGAGCGUUUUUCACACAUCUGCAGGGUGCUGGGCGCUGGGGAUUGCACCUGACAGUACCUGGGCUAUAGGAACAUUACAGGAGCCUGGUUUGGGUAAAGGGCUUGCAGACGGACCACGUGUUGCUUUUACUCCUCUGUUUUCUGUGGGUUCUGUGGGUUUCUGUGGGUGAGCUGAACAGUGUGUUGUUUGACAGAAAUUGUUUCUGACAUACUAGUAUCAGUAUUUGUCCUCAGCUGGACCUAGAAGACCUGCAUAAGUGCCUCAUGCAGCAGGACCAGGGACAUUAACCCGGUAUGGGGGUUGGAGCCUGCAGUGCUGGAGCCGCGGGGCUCCACUCCAAAAAGCAUCAGAAAUAGCUAGAGAGAAUGUUUUGAGAAGGGUCUGAAAUACAGCUUGCCUGGCAGUGGUGCUGCCUAUCCAAGGGAAUUUCACAGGAAGCAAAAGACGACGGGGAAAGUGGGAGAUUGGCGUCAUUUUGCAAACUGUCUUGAAGUCAGUCUGUGUCCUUCACUCCUGAAGGAAUUGCCCUCAGGCACCAGGUGUCUAACCCACAACAUUUGCUGGGUGUCCACAAGCGCUUGGCAGGGCAAAUAAGGCUUCAGCAGGUGUCAGAAGCCGAUACCUUAUUGUGGGUUCCUUUUCCAAAUGAACUGAAGGCUGUUCUGGUCUAAGUCAUGCCACUUUCCUCCCAUCACAAAACAUCUAAGCAGCCAAAUAUUGUUAUUUAUAUUUGGGGAUUGUAGCUGUCCUUGAGUGUCUAAAGCAGGCUGAAAGAUCCAAUUUGUCUGCAGGAUAGAAGACUUCGGUUUAGAGUCAUGUUUUUGUGUGAGCUAGAUGUUGUCAGGCCUGGUAGCUGCUCGGGGACGUCAGUGGGAUUUGCCCCGGCUCUGUUUUCCUUUAGUAGCUGCAGGAGGCUUUGGGGAUCGGUGGCUCUGGCCCAGCACACUGCCAUGGGCUCCAGGCUCUGUGGGAUCUCUGUAGCCAUCCCAGGGCUCCAAGGUCUCUUCUGCAAAGCUGGGAGCUCAGCCCUGCUUAAUCCAUAUGUCAGCAGGCCAUGGGACAUGGUGCUAGUCCUUGGUCAGUCUAGGAGGAAAGCAGAUAUCCAAUCUUUGCAAGAAAAUCGGCUUAGAUGCGCGGAACCUGAGAUGUUUUGGUUUUCUUGGUGAAUCAAGGGUUUGAAAGACUUCUGAUCAGCUCUGCCUAGUUCUGCUACUCACAUCGCCGCUCAAGGAACCGCGAUAUCUGGUGCUGCACUGCAAAUGCAGAGCAGAGAGACAGCUCCCUGCCUUGAAAAAUUGGGACUCUUUGAUGUGGGUUGGUCCUUCUGGGUUCCUAAGUGGGUCCCCCGUGUGAUCUAUGUCCCUGCAUUGUUCCUGUGGUGUUUCAUCUUUGGUCUGUGUAAUGUCCUGAUUGCAUUGUGAUUUUUAAUGCCGCUGUUGCAAGGAGCUCAAAGUGUUACAGGACGGAAGCAGGACACAAUUUAUGUUUAGUAUUUUCUCAGUGAAAUCACCAGCUUUCCUGGCUGUAUCCCCAGUCUUGGUGUUGAUACGUUUCUCUCUGCUCCAGGCUAAAAGCAGCACCUGCAUAAUAGUCAGCUCUGAGAUGAAACCUUCUGGGCAGCCUGUUUAACAAAUUAUAGGUUGAGCAAAUUAAAAGCAAACGGAAAAGGAAUGAUAACAAGUGGAAAAGGUGGUUGCUGGCAAUUUCUCUGAGAGAUCAGGGUAUGUAAUUCUUGGCUGACUCCGUAAGAGGCUGCUAUUUUUCUCCAUCCUUUACAUUGACUUCCUUCCCUUCCCUCCAGCUUGCUGCAGAGUGAUCUCAGCUGGAUGCCUCGCAGGGCUGGAUGCAGCUGCGGUGUGGGCAGGCACCUGCGUGACCACUGCUCACUCCACAGUGAGGAGGAGGCUUGGAGCAUCACCUCUCCCACUCCUCAUCCCCAGCACAGUAAAUCUGACCCUGGCUGUUCAUCGCUACAGAUCCGUAGUUGCGGUACCGCAGAAGCAGCACUCUGAAAUGCCUGGGCAGAUGCAUGUACCUAUUGCUGGGUCCAGCUGGCUAGGACCUGAAUAGGUCUUAAUUAUUUUUUGGCCAGGUUUCUUUCAGGAGUGAGGCUUACAUGGUGCUGUUCAUGUGUGUGUCUUUGUGCAUCUCCCCGCUCUGCUCUUGUUUCUCUGUUCACCUCCGCUCUGGGCUGUGUCCUGCUCUUGCCCUUCCUCCGUCCUGCCUCCUGCUCUUGCAAGGACUGGGGGUACGGUUGGGAGGGCUAAAAUCAAAUGUCCAUUUGGCUUCUGCUCUGGCAAAUGAAAAGGCCAGAUCAAAACCUGAAUUAAUGGGCAUGGGGUCUCUGCAGCAAUGUGUGGGGCAAUUCCCUCUGCCUUGGAGGGACCAGCAGCCAAUUCAGAUGCUCUGAUACCUUACUGGCGUAAUGCUAAGUCCCACAGAGAUUCUUGCCACUCCAAAAGUUGCUUCUCUUGCCCCAGUUUUCUCCUCCUGCCUGUUUUGGAGAGCAGGGAGAGCUUCCAGCCCACCCCCGAGUCUGUCUUCUGGAACUGAGCCUCAGUACUGAGAGCAUAAAACUUUGCAGCAAACCCAUAAAUUCCUGUGUAAUGUUUCCUAUGAAUCCUCCUGGAUUAUACUGCGGGUUUUAUUAAUGCUUUCUAACAAAUACGCCACUUGUGAUAUAACUAGCCAGUCAAGCGCUAUCUGGGGAGGUUUUAUUGCAUUAAAUUUUUUUAUUUUUAUUUCUCCUGCAGUCAAGUCUUCUGCUACUCCCUCCCCACACAGACACUUCUGCCACUCAAGAGUAUUAGAGUCAACUUUAUGUUGCCUAUAAAACUGGGUCAUUGUCAACUCAGUCCCUCUGCUGCUAUUUCUAUUUCUCUGGUCAUUCAGAUGGCUGGAGACUUGGAGCAAGGUGCAGAGCAGGAGAGUUUAUGGCUGAACAGAUGAGCCAGGGAGACCCAGAUGCUCAGAAUAUAAUGAACCAUGUUUUGCAGAAGGGGUGAGCAAGGUGCAGAGAGACUGUGUCAUACCGAAGGUACCACGUGGGAGUUGGGGCAGAGGUAGGAAGAAAAGGGCACAUCUCCUCAUUUCCUAAGUCACAACAACCUUUUCUCAGUGCCUGCCCGGUGCAGGAAUCCCUGUCCUGUCUCAUGGGUGCUGUGGUAAUCGCCAGGAGCUGAGCAAAAUCUCCUGGUCAGGAAAAAAACAACCAAAACUAUGUUGCAUGAUAAACACAGGGAAGGCUCGAGUUUGCAAACUGGCUGUUGUCCUCUGGGCUGCUCCAGGAGCCUCUUGAGUGUUUGCCUGCGGGGAGCUGUGGACCUCGAGGGCACUGGUCCUUGGCUCCCUGUCGAGAGUGGGCUAAGGCUGUACAGGAGCAGCUAUGGAGGAGCCACAGGGGUAAGUUAGAUGAGAAAAACAUUUCUCUGCAUACUGCACUUGUGCAUCCCCAGACCCUCUGGGUGAUCCCUGGAGGGAGCAAAGAAGUAAACUGGACCCAAAAUGCCAGAAAACAGCACUCUGGCUGAGCCAAGGGGUGAACUGUUUCCUUAGCGGUAGGACGUUGCUGUGCUACAGGGGAUAAAUAGUUACACCUGAAAUAAUACUCAUAGAUUUCCAGGCAUUGAUCCAGCACGGCUUGCAGGUCUCAGGCCUGGGAAACAUGCUUGAAUGGCUAAAAGGUAUAAAUUACUUUAAAUUAAUCAUUGAUUUAAUCCGUCUCUCCAGAAGCUGGAAUCACCAUGUUAUUGAGUCAGGAAUAAGCUGCAGUUGCACACAGAACUGUAUGAGAAACACACAUACUCAGUACUUUGGCUUCUUGCUCUUUCUGUGAAGCAUAUACCAUUUCCCACUGAGAUGAGUAGGUGUUGCAUGGGGCCCAGCAUCGAGCAGAAAAUCUCACAGGGAAGUACAAGUGCCCUUUCAAUCCACCCAGCAUCAAAUUGCAUCCAUUCGAACACGCAGAGGAGCCAACAGUAGAUUUCUCCUGGGUGAGAUAGGGAUGGGGGAGCAUUUGCCUCCAGCCUUUACAAAAUGGGGUUAAACGUGACAAACACCCAGCUGAGGCUGUGAACCUCCUGCGCCCAGGGAUGCCGUGAGCAGAGGGAUGAUGCUGGCACUGCCGCCGGUUUCAGUGGCAGUCCUGCAGUGCAGCGAUGGAGUCCCUCUUCGAGGGCAAUUCAGUACCAUGGCAUAGGUAAGGGAUCAGCUUCCUCAUGGGCGAGCUGGUGGUAAAACCCUGGAGGCAGAGAAGAUGUGGUGCCCUCAAUAACGUGGAGCUUGUAAGGAGGAUGUAGGCCCUGGAGAAAAUGCUGGAGACCGGCUGAUGAGCUGCUUCCCUUCCAAAGGAGUGCCGGCUUCUCCCGUAGGCAGCCUGACAGCUGGGGUAGCAGAGGCGGAAGGCUGGGGGCACUUACAAGAAGUAUCCCCAAUAAUUUCAUUGGAGGUAAGAUGACAGCAAGGUGACGGCUAGAAAACUUGCUGAGGGAGCAGCAAGGAGUGAUAAGGGACACGCUUAAUUAUUUAGAGACCAUCACAUAUGGCAAGUCAUUGAGUUACUGCACUUAAUGAGUUAGCGGUUGUGAGUGGGCUCCUUUCAGCGGUGUGAAUGCUCCAGGCCCAUCUUGAGUUCAAAGGAAAACACAUUAGCUGAAAGCUCUCCCCAAGGUACUUAAUGAGGUGCCCCUGUUAGCUGAAUCUCUAGAGCUGGCUCUGUGUAUGCUCCCAGCCUGCUCUGAUCACACGGUAAAGUUGCUGUGUGGUGCUGCUAACACAGUUCAGUUCAUAAUUGGAAGGGGAUGGGAGCGUGCAUAGUCGGCGGCUGCAGCUGAGCUGGUGGCUGGUGAGAGGUUAUGCCAUGGGCUCAUCACUUGUGAACAUCUUUCCCAGAUCCCGAGAUGAGCUGAGAAAAUCAAAUCUGCAGAGAAUCCAGCGACAGUCAUUAAGAAGUGGGUUUCUUCUCUGGAGUUAAAUUCUCCGCUGGCUGGGCGGAGACUGCAUGGCCGGGGAGUGUAAUUAGCAGCAGGUCAGAAUUCCAAAUGAAUGGUAAGCAGAAGCUCUGAUCCCCAUCCCUUUCUCUGAGGAGGUAGGGAAAGUUCAGUCCUCGUCUGACCAGAAAGCUGGGAGAAUGCCUCCAUACCCCCUGGUAACCGCCUGCCCUUUUUUAGAGAAAGUAAUGAUCAAUUAAAGAGCACAUGUGAAAGGUGAGGGGGAACCUUGUGUUUGGAGGAGACCAUUUUAAUCCUUUCAAACAGUCACAGAAACACUCAUCCAAGAUCUUUCCAGUUGUUAGGUUUAUUUAUUUUUAUUUUUCUUUCUCUUCCUUAAUCAUGUUUGCAGCAUCCCAGGCUUUUCAGAAAACAGCUGGUGAAUUCAUCCUAUAUCCAAACACAUUGCAAUAUUUUGGGGGCAGUCUCUCACUUGCUGGGCAUGAGAAAAUGGUUGCAAAUCCUCCUUGGCUUCAUUAGGUCCUGCAGAUCUUUCCCCAGCAGUUUGCUGUAGCACUAACCGCCUCUCCCGGUCAAAUCAGCGCUGGCCAGGCUUUUUCUCCCAGCCUCUGUUUCUUACCCUCAGCCUGAGCUGCUGCUCUGUUUAUUGCACAGUUUGAUCUUCAGGAUGUUGGAUACACAGACUGUUUUUUUCCUAUUUGCUUAAAAUAGUAGUGAAUAAUUCUAGGCACCGCUUCUGUUGCCUAAGGAAGAGGCAAGCAGUGACUCCUCACACAGGCAGGUUAAGUGGCCUUACUCUCUUUUUGCAAAUGAUUUCGUGGGAAAAAGAGAGAAACCCUUAGCUUCUGCAGACCUUAGAGAGACUGAGUGCUCAGCUGAUGGCUGCCGGUCCCCUGGGCAGUGGGGUGGUAUGCUCACAGCAUCUUUGCAGUUGUGCUGUGUCUCCGGGUGAUGCACAAACCCUGGAAAGCCUCUCCCCGUUGCCUCCCAGGCUGGGGGAGGCAAGGCUGGACCAUAGUCUUGGGAUGGGCCUCACCUUGACAUAGUCUCUGUGCCUCAGUUUCCCACUCUGCCGAAUGUGUGUAUUACCAUUCCUCUGUCCUCUUUGAGACAGAAGUCCCUUACAUCCAUGUGUUUAUGUAGCACCUUUGGUCCCUGAUCUCUGUAGAAGGGGUGAAAUGUGAGUCUCACAAAAAGCAUAUUGAAAGGUGGUGAGGGAAGGGGUGUCUGGCUUUGCCCACAUCUGUGGUACUGGAAAAGUGCUCCUGUAAACCAACAACUGCUUCUAAUGACGCUUUAUGAUUUCUCAGCUCUACAAGUUUUGCUACAGAGGAUGUGAGAUUUAAUCAGAAUUUCACAUUAUCCUGGUAGUGAUGAUAGCUGAGAGUCCCGUGCUUAAUUCUUACCUGGUCUUAAUCAGUCUCCUCGCUGGAGGAGUUAGCAGGGUCUCACCCAUGGUCGAGGCAGCUUUUCCCUGUAUCUGCACUGUCUGUGUGUGGGAUGGGGAAAGGGAAAUAGUGCAAUUUCAGUGACUUCUAAAAUGAAAUAGCACUAAAACCUGUCUACAGAAAGGUGCCCUUCUGUAGCUCCUGUCCUGCCCCAACAGUUGCCCACCCAGCUGUAGCAGACGAGUGAGACUUCAUUGUGUCUGCCAGCAGAGUUACAGGCUGGAGGUGCUCACCUAGAUCCUACUGCUCUGAACUCACCUACACCAACACCUGCUGGCAGCUCUGAAAUGGUGUGCGCUGCAGAAGAGAGGAUCCUGCUCUUGAAGGCAAAAAGAUGUCUACCACAUGCAGCUCAUCUCAAACCUGUGAGAAGCAGUUGCUCCCUAUGGACCCGUGGGUAGUUAUGGGGUCUGGUGUGGGGUGUGUGCAUGUCUCUGUCUGCUAUAGACAAACACAGCACUUCUGCUCUAUGGUGUCUGAGAGCUGAAUUCAUCCUGACAGCAGAUCAACUAUCCUUUGGUCUGAUCUGGCUAGCAGAGAGGACCACAAUGUGACAGAGGAGAAUGAACUGGGUGUUUGCCUCCUGGGUGAAUAAAGCCACAUAACUUCAGGCCUGCUCUUCCAGUGAAGAUGCUUGCUAAUUAGUUUGCCAGUGGGAAGCUAUGAGAAUUAAACACAGGAGACAUAAUCCUCCCUGCAAGGGAUUUCAAGGCAGCAGGAUACCAGAGCUAGCCUUCUCAAUACAGUGUACACCCUGUGAGGACUGAAGUGAGCUCUGAGACUCAUCUCAACAUGUUCAGUGAAAAGAGCAGCGCCUCUUUAUCCCAGAAACCCAUCCAGAAAAAGACACGACCUCAGGGCCUCCCCUCCCCUGCUCUCUGCUGCGCUUGUGGACUUUGCAUCAUGCUGGCAGGGAUCAACAUCACUUUAGUGGGAGCAUUUGCCUUUGGGACCUUCCUCCCUGUGAACAACCCUCCCAUCAUCAUUGGACCCAUCUUGCUGGUGGUGGCCUUCACAUUCUUCGGUGCCUGCUGCAUCUGCAGCCGGAGGCCGCCAGCUCACGGGGCCAGGAAAUCCAAACCAGGUUCCAACACUGGGCUCAUCAAACCUGGCAACACAGCCUUUGAAAUUGAAACUAGUGAGCACACGGUGCAGGAUACCACCGCUGUUCAGCUGAGCCCCACAAAUUCACCCAUCUCCUCAAAAAAGUCCACACCGGUUCACGAGAACGCGAAGACUUGCAAGCUCUUCACCAUGGAAGGCAAUGGGCCGGUGGCCAAGUACACGACAGGAGGAGAGGCGAUACAGCUCAACUUGCCCAGGGACCUGGCCGCAUCCUAAAGCCAGGCAGAGCUUUUGUUAGCAGCCAGCCAGGCACUGCAAUGGGUGGGCUGGAAAAUCCGUGAUGUACCAUCGGUCAGAGGUGUGGGGAAGGUGCUUGCGAAAAGCCAGCAGACAGACAGGUCUCUGUCACCUCUUUAAGGAAGGUAGAUGCAACAGCAGAAAAAUUCCGGAUUUUUGCUGAAAGGAACAUGCCCAUUACAUGGCUUUAGAAAGAGAAUUGAUAAUGCUAUUGCUGUGAAAGGAUGACUCUCAGUUCUUGGGACUACACCAGCUUUUUGGGGGAGCAGAUAGGAAGAGGGGAAUUAAUUAAUUUGUCUAGCAUAACGUGGAAGUGUGAUGGCUGGAAAGAGGGGCUACACGGGGCUGACAAAUGACAGCUCUUUCUUCCCAGUAGUGAAGCAAUUCUUGAACAUAAAAGAAGCAGGAAUGCAGUAAAUUACAGCUUGCUGCCACUCAGUCACAAGAAGAUGUCAGCAUUUUUAGUGCCAGGCUUUUUGGCAGUGGGGACAAAGCUAUGUGUUUGCUAUUGAAAAAGCAGUGUGAAACAAUCUCCCCUCCCUUGAAAUCCUUGCUCUGUCUUGCCUUCAUUGGAGUGACUUUACCACCCAUUAUAAGAGACAAUGAAUCACAAGGAUCACAAUUAACACUGGUAUUUUCCUCUUGUUUUAAUCAGUUUGGGCUUCAGCUGUGCUGCUUGGUGCAGUACGUUUCUCGGAAGGUCAGCCAGGCUGAAUCCUUGGGGACAAGCUCUUGGAGUAACCAGAGAUUGGCAGGAGCCUGAAAAUGAAAUAUUUGGGCAAUGAUUAUGUACUGAAUGCUAGGCAGCUUCCUUUCCAUCUUUUUGUGGAAGGCUGGCCUGGGAUACACAUCAGCUUGGGACAAGGGGCAGGUAACUGUAUGGGCUUCAGUAUACCUGUGCUGGAAGAUGGUGACUGUCUCUCCUUCCCUGAAGUGGCUGUGAGAUCCAUUACAUAGAGUGGGCAGUCGGGAGUGGAUCUCCUUGCUGCAGGAAACCGGCUGCUCAAUGUGCUCGUGGGCUUGCAAAGCAAUGGGAUGAGUGUCCAGAAGAGAAUUUCUCAAGAGCUGUUCAAUGCAAAGACACCACCUCUGCCUCAGAAAGACUCUGAUCUGAUGGAUUAUUGCUGCAAAGGCUUUGUGUUCUUCCCUGUGCGAUGCUGGCUGGGAAGACGGUGCUGUCCUAAUGGGCCUUUGCUCUGACUUCUGUAGAGGCUGUUCACAUGUUUUAUGACAUAUGGGACCAGUGUGGGGAAGGACAGCUGUGCAACAGCUGUGGAGAGGCAGCAGCAGGAGAGUGGGUUUUGAGUAUGAACAGCUGCGUAGGUCCUCUGUUUAUGGAAUUCCUAUCUUUGAAAUGGGGCUUUUGGGACUUUGAGUGACUAGGAAGUCAUAUGGACACAAGAGUGACCAUACCAGAACAUUCCAAGGGACCAGCUAGCCCAGCAUCCCAUUUCUGACAAGGCCAAGAGGAAGGUCUGGAGAAGAGUGUAAAGACAGGGAAAAACCAGGAUGUUGCUUGCCCAAAAUGUUCUCCCAGCCUCCAAUGCACUAUUGCUUAGGAGCUUCCUGAGCUGGAAGUGGUGCCUGCAUUUAGUAGCCCUGAAUGGAUUUUUUCUUCAUGAAAUAUUCCAUUUGCGCCUUGAAUGUCUAUCAACUUUCAUCAUUUGUGAUCCUGCAGCAGGGAGUUGCACAGUUUAAUGAGAGGCCAUAAAGUUCUCUAUCCUUGGCUUAUUUUCAUCCUGUACCCUACUAAUUCCCUUUGAUGCCCUAAGUUUGCCAGAUUAGAAGAGCCAGCAAACAGUCCACGCCGCCCCACCACUCAGGUUUUCUGGGGCCUUUGUCACAUUUCCUUCAGUCAUCUCCUUCUUAUGGUACUUCACAUCUCUUGUAGCCAGAGGGAGGUAAUGCUUCCCAUUCAACCCAGCAUCAGUGGUUCUCUAGGCUGAGGACAACACAGCCCUGAGGCAUUAGCCAGCAGAAAUGGGUAUAUGGAGAGGCAGGAGGACUGAAAGGGAAAUGCUGGAGGAGAGGGAGAGGUUGUGACAUGGCCAAGGCUCCCCUGGGCCACCAGCAGACCUCUGCAUGGCCAGGCCCUGAGAGCCUUAUGGCUGGUGUGCUGGGUUAAGUGAUGGCACAUGGAGUACAGUCCAUGCAGAAGGUGUCCUAGUUGCUUUGGGGAGCUGCUGUGCAGCUGAUGGCCCCUUCAUGAGCUCAGGUAGGCUGAGGUUCGAUUUCAUUCCUUCAUGAGAGGUAACCAAACGCUCUGUCUUGAUGUAGGUCCUCCUUGAGUGCUCUAAGUGUUUGCUGCCUUGAACAGCUCCUUCUACGUCAAGGAAUUACGUCUGUGAUUUUAGCAGGGUUGGUCUACUGGCUAGGAGAAGCAGAAGCAGGCUUGGGAGAAGGAUGUUUGUGUGAGCCUGGGAAAAUGUGGGUUCAAGUCUUUGGUACAGCCUCCAGGUCCUGGACAAAUCAUUUAAUUGUGCUACUGCUCAGCUCCCUGCCUGUGCGAGAGGGAAAAUACCUGCUCCCAACUCCACUUAAAGCUGCUUUAAAGAUGAACACAUUGCCAAGCAUCAGGUUUGGUAUUAGGACACCUGAGUCUGGAGAUUGCUUGAAGGUGGAUGAGUCUGUAUGGUCCGAUCUCUGCACGAUUUCCUUUAGAGCUCAUUUUCAUGGGUGAGCUCUGCAUCCAGCACUGGCUGCCCUUCAGCACACAGGAACUGCUGUACUGAACAAAUGGCUCCCCUGAUUUUUUCCUGCCGGUGAUUGCUGUAGCAAUUAAACAGAAUAGCUUGCUGAUAUAGGUUUGAUUCCCAGCUUGCUGGCUCGCCAGCCUUUUGGAAUAGCACACAACAGACUGGAAGUCCUUUAGAGGCAUUGCCCACAUGAGUAUGGUUACUGCAGCACUUUGAGUACUUGGAGUCAAAAAAUGGUAAAGUCAGGUGGUAACCAUACAACUCCUUUCUCUACUCGCUGAAGGCUUGAAAACCAAGUCUGCAGUGUGCGUGCUGGAAUCCCUCCUUAUUGCAGCUGCACCAUGAGAUGUUACCAGUGAUGGGUAAUACAAUGGCAGAUCCCAUACGAGUCGAAGGCAAAGGCCCCUUGGGCAGGAACAGGGGCAGAAGCAGGACCUUGAGAGCCGACUAGGAGUUUAGCGUGGUUCACACUUGC